UUACUCCCUUUCCCCUUUCCCAGUAACCAUGGCCUUCACACUGUACUCGCUGCUCCAGGCCGCGCUGCUCUGUGUUAAUGCUGUCGCUGUGCUGCAUGAAGAACGCUUCCUCAACAAGAUUGGCUGGGGAACAGACCAGAGCAUUGGUGGUUUUGGAGAAGAGCCAGGGAUUAAAUCACAGCUUGUAAAUCUAAUCCGAUCCGUACGAAUGGUGAUGAGAUUGCCGUUGAUAGUAUUGAACUCCAUAACAAUUGUACUCUUGUUACUUUUUGGAUGAAGAAAUGCACACGAAUUCAACACGUUCCUCUGUGGUGAUAAGAUAACAUGGGAUUUUUUUUACACAAGUAGAAAAUUACAGCACAUUUUACUGUUUAACUUCAUGAUCUCCUUUGAAGUUCCUUUGAACUGUAAUAAAGACAAACUUGUGGCAUUGCAUAAUUCAGACUUUUGUAGACAUAAAUAAAAGAAAAUGGGAUCAAUGCAAAAAAUGAUUUCAACUUUUCAGUGUCCUGUUCCAGUUAAACUGUGGAAAUGUACAGUUCUGAACAUUGUGUUACAUGGUGUUACAGAGGAGGAGCACAAGUCACUUUAUUGCACUGGGAACAACAUACAGGUGAGAGUUGGAUAAAUGAGGGAAGGUACACAGGAUAGAACACUUUGAAGAAGAUUUGAUUUGUUCCAGACAUUGCUUAUCAUGUUUAUUUAGUGCUUCACUGUUGAAUUUCGAAGAUUGCGGCUCUCGGACACAAUUAUUUUUGAAUUUUCCAGAAAUUGCAACCUGGUGACAAAAUCAAGUAUUUUAUGACCAAUCAAAAAGAAGUUCUAUGGUUAUAAGGUAUGUGUGCUGAAGCUGGAUAUGUGGAGGAUAGCAUAGUCUCAAUCCUUAUGUCUUCUGUGACUUCUGAUAAAUCACUAAUCAUUCCACUAUCUCUUAAAUUAUCACACAGCUCAACCAAUGUGCUGUACUGGAUCGGUAUGAAUUUCCUCCAGUUAAACAUUGGAAAGAUAAAACAAUUGUUUUUGACUCUUCUACAAUCUCUGUUCCCCUAGCGACUGGCUCUAUUUCUUUGGCAAUUAUCAGAAGUUGAACCAUACACUUCAUAACAUUAGUAUCAUAUUGAUCCUGAAAUGAAUUUUUGGUCACAUAUCUGAACGAUCAAUAGCAGCACCUUUUCUCAUUUCUCUAACAUCACAUAGGUCUACCACUGCCUUAGCUGACCUAUUGCUGAGACUCUCAUCUAUACUUCUGUCACCACUCAGAGUCAUCCAGCAUGGAAACAGACCCUUAGGUCAAUUUCAUCUGUGCUAACCAAGUUUCCCAAACUAAAUUAGUCCCAUUUGUCUGCAUUUGACCUGUAUCCUUCCAAACCUUUCCUAUUGGUGGACCUAUACAAAUUUGUAAGUGCAUCUACUAUUUCCUCUGGCAGUUUAUUCCAAAUAAAAUAAAACACCCUCUAUGUGAAAAGAAAUUUCCCUAAAGGUGCCUUUUAAAUCUUUCUCGUCUCACCUUAAAAUUAUGCCCUCUAGUUUUGAACUUCCCACUGUAGGGAACAAUUGUUUGGUAUUCAUCAUAUCUAUGCCCUCAUGACUUUAUAAACCUCAAAAAGAUCACCCCUCAACCUUCAAUGCUCCAGUGAAAAAAACGUACUAGCCUAUCUAGCCUCAACUUAUAACUCAAACCCUCCUUGUAAAUCUUUUCUGCACUCUCUUCAAUUCAAUAAUAUCCUUCCUAUAGCAGGACCACAACUACACAGUACGGCGUGGACUCAAUGGAUUGCAGGCCUCCUCGUGGAAGCCAAGCCCAAACUUCUGGCUUCACGGUGAAGUCCAGCGUGAACUCACUUUAGAAGGACUGGAAUGCUGAUCUUUUAGCUUUAUUUCUUUAUUUUUCUAAUUUGUAUCUAAGAUAUUGUACCUAGGUAUCCUUGUACCUGGGUUGGCACUGGAAAUGGCAACUUUGUACACUUUGCAUUGUACUCCUAUAUCUGUGUACUUGAGUACAUGUGACAAUAAACCCAACUCUAAUUCUAA